AUGUCUGAUUCUAUAAUGAGCAAUUCUUCACAUGUUAACUUAAUUAAUAAACAAGAAAAUAAUGCAGAGAAUUCAAAACGCAAAAAACAUGUUGACAAAACUGAAGAACCAUCAUCGACAUCAUUAAAUACAUCGAUAAUAGAGAAUAAAGAUGCAUUUAGUAUAAAUGCAAUUUUUGAAGUGAUGCUAAAAUCACGAUGGAUUUUGCAACCCAAUGAAACUCAGAGAUUUAAAAUACGAUAUCAACCCGAAGAAAUAGGAACUCAUCAACAAACAUACGCAUUAUCUAUCGUCGAUGGCAAUAAUAUCACCUAUGAUAUCAAUAUCUAUGGCAUCGCAGAUAUUCCGCGAUUGGAUAUGAAUCCUAAUACUAUUUUUUCAAAGGUUCAAGAAACAAAAAUAAACAAUAUAAUAAACCCUACAUAUUUUCUUGAUUCUGAUACUUAUGACUUUGGAUCCUUGUUGGUGUUUCGAAAAGAUAAAAGUGUUCAUCGUCGUGAAGCGGAAUUAAAGUUCUGCAAUAUAUCUAAAGUCGAUGCGAUAGUGUCCUUCUUUUUGGAAGAAAAUAAUCCAGAUAUUUUUAUUAUGGAAUCAGAGAAACUUUAUAUUCAGGCUGGACAAUGUAGGUUGCUAAAAAUAUCUGCAGGUGUUACAAAACUAGAUUCAUUUACUGAUAAGUUGCACAUAUGUAUUGAGAAUAAUCCGCAUAUUGAUACAAUUGAACUUCGAUGUAAUGGCUCAAAAUUGGACAUUGAACUUGACGGCAAACAAUUGUUCUUUAAUCAAGUACUCUUAUAUAGAAAAAAUUUUCUUGCUUGUUUUAUCCGUAAUAGAUCUCCGGUUGAAAUUUUCUGGUAUUUGGAUCCUAAUGAAUUCUUAGAUCCUCAAAUAUCAUUUACACCGAUCAAAGGAAUUGUUAAACCUCAAAGUGAUCAAAAGAUCGAAUUUUGUUAUCACGCAAGCAAAAUUGGAGCGAUCGAAAAUAGCUUAACUUUUAAUGCCUUUUUUCACGAAAAUGAUGUGGAAUCUAUUUUUGUGGAAACUCUCACUUUAUCUGGCGAAACAUACGAUGUUGCUAUCGAUAUUAAUCAUGCAAAUCCAAUUGAUUUAAAGUGCGUAAAGGUUGGCUUCCCUACGAAUGCAAACUUUACAAUAACUAAUCGAGGACAUUACGAAGUUAAAUAUAUUAUUCUUUUGGAAGAGCAAAAUAAAUUGGCUAAAAUCGCAUCAGAUUUGCCUUUAAAAUUGAAAGAAGAUAUUGAAAUUAAUCCUAUUACCGGUUCCAUUCAACCAAAAAAAGAAAUUACAGUACAGAUAACAUUUCUACCAAAGAAUGAAAUUACUCUAAAAGAAUGUCCGAUAUUUCGAUGUCGUCUUUUCGAUAUGAAUAAAGAAACUGCUGUGAUUGCAGAAUUUCCUCUGACAAUCUCCUUAAUUGCAUAUUAUACUAGAUUUCGUGUUUAUCCUUACCCGGAGAUAAAUUUUGCUUCUCUUAGUAUAUGUACUAAAAAAACGAUAUAUCUUAACGUGGAAAAUACUGGAGAAUUUUUACUUUAUUAUUCUAUUGAAGUAGCACCUAUCAAGCAUCCAUCUAUUGUCUACAUGACAGAAACUAAAUUGGAAGAGAUGAUAAAAAAUGAUAAUGAUAAUACGACAGAUAUGUCAACGAAAAAAGAUAAAUUACAAAUUGAUAAGAAAACGCCGGAACCUAAGACUAUGUUAAAAAUUGGUCCUUUUACUAUAACGAAAACCGAAGGGAGCAUUCAGCCAGGAGAAAUCGAUACUAUAACAAUCGAAUGCUAUCCAGAAUGUGUAGGUUCACAAGAAGAAAAAAUAAUGAUUCUCGUGCCUGAUAGUACGCCCGAAAACAGAAAUGGCAAAUUAAUAAAACUAUCCGUUAAUUCUUGCAUACCAAGCAUCGAUUUGCAAGAUCUUGAUGCUAUGUUCCACGAAAAUUACAUUGUUGACUGCAUUGAAGAUUUCAUAUGCCCAAAAGAGAUCGGAGCAUAUACCGUAUUCGUUCGUCAAGAGAAAUGUCUCUAUUUUCGUCACGUCAGUGUGUCACGUACUCAUACGACAUAUUUUGUACUCUAUAAUCGAAACGUGAUACCUGCCGAUGUAGAAUUAAUCUUACUCGCAGAAUCAUUUAUACCAAAAACUGUAAAACCCGACAUUUUUGUAUUGACACCUGAAAGAGAACGUAUUCCGCCGAUGAGUCAUAAAAGAUUUGCAAUUUCAUUUAAUCCGACGUUUAUGGAGACAUGUUAUGCAGUCUUUGAGAUCGCAGUCGAACUUCCACCGCACUUAAGGGAUGAAAAGUUUUUUGUAAAAUUAAUAGGACAAGCUUGUGUACCACAAGUGAUAAUCGUAGAACCACCGAAUGGAAAACGAGAACGAAUUGUUCUAAACCUUGGCCGUACGCUUGUAAAUGAUUCUAAUGAAAAAAAAUUUACUUUUGAAAAUGUCGGUGUGAUUCCAGCUAAAGUGAUUGUCGAGAUUUAUGAGAAUUCAAAUUUUCUUUUUACUCUCAGUUCUUGUGACAGUACAAAAAAUGUGUCAAGUUGGGACUGUGGAACCAAUAUAUUAAAUGAUCGAUGCGUUAUAGUUCAUUUAAUACCCGGAGAAAAGAUUUCAUUCAAAGUAAAGUUUAUGCCGCGAGAAAUUGGCAAGUAUGAAGGUCAAGUGCGACUAUUCAUCACCGAUAAUCCCUACGAAAAUCUAAUAAUUGAUUUAAAGGGCGAAGCAUAUGUAGAAUCAAUUGUAUUAGAAGGACUAGAGCUUACAAAUAUAAAAUGUGAUUUUAAUGAAAGGCAGGAAUCUAACAUCAAGUCGCGAAGAUCGUCAAAGCCAAACAGUACAGUAGAAGCUUUGACACCAACAAUGCCGAUUUCAUUGACGUAUAAAUUGGAUUAUGGAUAUUGCUUUGUCAAUAAGAUAUACAGGAAGAACUUUAAAAUUGUCAAUAGAUCAAUAAAUCAAUACUCACGAUUUCAAUGGAAUGCACACUCCAAUAUUGUCUUUACUCCAUCCAUUGGUCAUCUUCAACCUAUGACUUGCAAGGAAAUUAUUGCAACAUUUUUUUCUUCGGAGCCAGUGCAUUAUAUCGAUACGCGUAUCGAUUGUACGAUCUGCGCGAUUGAACUCGCUGAUUCUUCGAAAAAAUCUUGGGAUGAUCGAGAGACAGAAGUACGAUGGGAGACAAUAAAUCAUGAUGAUGAUGAACAAGAAAUAAACACAGAAACAUUAUCUAGAAAAGCAGUCGAGCCCGUUAAUGAGCCAAGCCACGAAAUUGUACUUGGCACGACGAAAUGCAUCCAAGUAUUACUAAACACGAUCGUGGCAUUCUCCAAGUACUUCUGUCCUAUUAAGGAGAUCAAUUUUAAGGACUCGUUAAUGUUUCAGACGCACGAGCACGUAUUUACUUUUUCGAAUAUUGGCAUCGUCGAUGUAGAAUACAAGUGGCAAAUAAAUAUGGAUGAACAGUAUCCGAUGAGAUUGGCAAAUUAUUCGCAAACUACGCCGAGAUCAAGAGGAAAUAUUCGAUCUAUAGCUAACUCGUCAAUAUAUACGUUUCACGAACGUCAGCGACAUAAUCCAAGUUGCGCAAUGACAGAAAUAGCGGGAAAUAUGAAAUUGAAUCGUCAGCAAGCCCUACCGUCUCGAGAGAGUAUUACCGAGGUAAAACCAACUCCUUGUCACUGCGGUCCAUCUGAUCUCUUCAGCAGUAGUGCCGGAUUGACAGAGAGAAGUAGUGACAGCUGGUUAGAAAGUGAUGACUUGCCAUUUGAAAUUCACCCCGAAAAGGGAACUUUACUACCGGGUGAAUCUAUGGAAUGUACUUUACGAUUCUCUCCCAUGGAUGUAUUUGAUUAUAAAGCUCAUCUUACGUGCAAAAUAGAGAAUCUCGAUCCAGAACUAUCAGAAUUGAUUAUUCCUAUUGCGGGAAGGAGUUUGUUACCGUAUUGCCACUUCGACAUACCGGAAAGUGACUAUCUAUCCGGCAAUAGACGUAAUGCAAAACUGCCAGGACCAAUCGAUUACCAAUCAACCGAUGGAUCUCUUCCGCAAGAUACGAGAGUAAUUGAGUUAAACGUGAUCGGGAUCGGCGAUACUCACGUAAAAAAAUUUCGUAUGAUAAAUCCAACAUCGGAUGAUUACCACUUCGUCUGGAAAGAUCGAACUCGUCGCGUUGAAAGCGAGAUAUCGAAUUUCCACUGCGUAUUUCUGAAAGGAAUCGCUGAACGAGGGAAGCAAGUCGAUUUCGUUUUUACAUUCCUCGCAGAAGAUAUUGGCACUUUUGAAUCUUUCUGGUUAUUCUCCAUUGAAAAAUAUAAUUUAGAAUGUCUCUUUCUGUUUGUCGCGACUGUCAGAGAACCGUCGGUUUGCUGGUCGCUUGUUCACCUGGAAAUGAAACCAACGGUAUUAGGCGUUAAUGUACGAGAAUCGAUAAGCAUAAUCAACAACGAGGAAGUUCAGCUUUCCUUUCAGAUCGCACGAGAUUCUUUAUAUUCUGAAGGACGUGUUCAGAGUUUGAAGAUAAUGCCUAUGAACGGCAUUUUAAGUCCAAAAGACGAACAAGUUUUUUGGAUUGAAUACCAGCCUACAUUUGUGGGCAAAUUUGAUUUUUUUAUAAAAUGCAUUGUGAAAAAAUUGAAAACGCCGUUGACUAUAUUUGUUACAACAAUGACAUAUGAUAUUAUCGUCUCGGUUACAUAUGUGGAUCAAAAUGGUCAAGUCGUGCGACUAAAUCAAAAUGAAGAAAAUAUCAUUGAUUGCGGAAAAAUAAUGUUAAAAGUACCCUUUACUAUCACAUUUGAAAUAACGAAUUCAAGCAAGAUGGCAUUUCAUUAUUCUUGGGAUCUCGGCAUGACACCGGAAAUAAUCAGUAGAAAUAUGUAUAUGAUUGUGAUACAACAAAAGCAGGGUCACGUGGUUAGUGAAUCGCGAUCCAAUUGUUGCCUCAUCAUUACAGCAUUACAAAAAACGAUGAUAAAAGAUCAUCCUAUUCUCUUGAAGAUUUCUAGAGGACCAGUAUAUCGGCUAAUUUUGAAAGCGACUGCUAAUAAACCGAUUUUGGAAUUCAGUUUUAAUCAUUACAAUUUUGGACCUUGUUACAUACGAGACAUCACUGCGGAUGCAUAUCAUAUCGACUUACGUAUUACAAAUUUAGAUGAUAUUCCAUACAUAUUAGAGUGCAAAUUCGAAGAAAAACCACACAUCUCCGCAAAUCUCAAUGCUCUUUCAGAGACAAUAAAUUCUCAAUCAAGUAUCAUUAUUCCGAUAAAAUUUCGUCCUCUGGAACAGCUGCAUUACCGCGACAAUUUACAUUUUAUAAUCAAUUCGACGAUCGAGAAGAAGAUUAUUAUAACUGGUGAAGGAAUUAGAUACAAAAUUCGUUUAGUAAAUUCGCGCGAUAAAUUAGUAGAUCUUGGUAAUUUAUCGAUCAAUAAAGCCAUCAUCAAAAAAGUACCGGUGAUUAACGACGGCCGUGCUCCGCUCGAGUUGAAAUUCGAUCUCAUGAAGAAUCUACCGGGAUAUGAACAAUUUCGCGAACGAAUUAAAAUAUGUCCAAGAAAGAUUAAUGAGGAAAAUUUGAAAAUGGAUCAAACUCGAGCAUCAAUCACUGAAACAAAACGUUCAGACACGUUUGAUACGACUCUUCAGACAAUCGAACCUGAUCUAUCUGAAGUUCUCGAGGUCGAGCCGGCAGAAUCGAUCGUACUUCAAUCGGGAAAGACCGUAAAUGUUAUCGUAAAAUAUAAAUCUAUGCGAAGAAUGCGUCCUUUCGUCGCUAAAGUGGCUUUCCAAACCAAUUCCACGAUUCAGCCAUUAUUUAUCUUGCGUGGAAAUUGCAUAGGAGCGGAAUUCCGUUUAAAUAGAACUUGCGUUUCUUUCGGUAUAAUUGUUCAAGGUUGCCUCAGUGAAGCAAAAGUAGUAUUAUUAAACAUUGGAGAUAUUGGUGCUAGAUUCAAGUGGAACAUAUCAAAAUUACCACGAGAAUUUAGCAUCGUUCCUGCGAUUGGCUAUUGCUCUCCCGGCAUGAACGUCAACUUCAUUGUCAGUUUCCGACCUACUCGACACGACAGUUUGAUCGAGGGCGAUGCAACACUUGAAAUUGAGAAAUAUGGAGUUCUCAGCUUAAAAAUUACCGGAGGUUGCUGCAAACUACCCGACCCAGUUGACACUUUGUUUUUUUCGUGUCGCGUUCGUGAGAAACUAAUAAAAUUUCUAAAUGUCGAGAAUGACAGUGUGACUCCAUGGAAACUAAAGCCAGAAGUCUUCGGUGAUUAUUUCUUUGUUGAUGAGAUCUUACACGUCCCUUCAAAAAAUUUUGCUACUUGUGCAAUUACCUACGCUCCUCUGAUUAUGAACAGCGAGGAUAAUCCUCACAAAGGUACAUUGCUUUUGAAGUUGCCAAAUGACAAAGCACCUUUGAUAUAUUCUCUUCAAGGGUUAAGUCUGGCUCCACAAGUUCUUCAAAGGAUUAUACGUCAGUUUCCUGCAAAGACAAAGUAUACAGAAUUAUUACCUGUCUACAACUGGUUGAGUAAACGGCAACGAUUUGAAUGUAAAAUUGAAGAUUUAGAGAACAAAGCUUCUGUCAAGAGUGUUGAAGUGUAUACUUUGGUUGGUAAUAGCAAGAUAGAUGUGCCAUCAAAUAGUCAGCGAGACUAUCGCGUAGAGUUUUAUUCUUAUAAAAAAUUGGAAUGUAAUUUCAAGAUAACGUUCAUUAAUGAAGAGGGUGAAUAUCAAUUUUAUGAGCUUCAAUACAAUGUUACAAAACCUGAACAAAUCGAAUCGAUUAAAUUGAUUACUUCGGUGCGAUCUCCGGUAUGCCACGUUUUAAGACUCGAUAAUCCACUCAAGGAACAACAUAUAACAUAUACAGCAAAAUGUCAGCAUCCCUGCAUUACAAUUUACGAUAUACCAAAACUUGUGGCACCUUUAUCCAGUGAAAUUAUCGGUAUUGAAUAUCAUCCCAUACAUCCUAGUGAGGAGUCUAUUAUAAACUUAGACGUUAAUUGCGAAGAACUCGGGCUGUUUCCCUAUGAAUUGCGAUUGCGAGCGAUACCGGCACCUGCAGAAAAAAUAACGCGCAUCGUUGCGAUGCUCGGUGCUUCUGCCACUUUCUCUUUGACCGUAAGCAAUUAUGCCACAAAGGAUGCAACAUUUACAAUCGGGGUGAAUAACGAAUGCUUCACAACUCCGAAGAACAUCGAAGUGCCAGCGUUGAAAAGUGCCUCAUUCGAUGUAGUUUAUGAACCUUACGAUAUCGAUAACGUCUCCACUACUUUGAUAGCCACGUCCGAGAUCGCCGGGGAAUUUAUAUUUCCUCUCAUCGGUACAUAUUCGCUACCAAAACCACAAGGGCCAUAUACAACUACUCCCAACACACCGAUUUAUAUACCAUUUAAAAAUAUAUUUAGAGAAACUAAAUCUUUUGAACUUAUCUUGGAUAACGAAACUUUUGUGACGACGACAUCGUUGGCAGAAAUGAAACAGAAACAGAUAAUCAAUAUCGUCGUUCGUUUGAAAGAUGUAUCAAACGAAAAGAGAGAAUUGGAAAAUGACAGCUAUCCAAUAACUGGAAAACUCCUAGUAUAUUGUUCAGAUCCCAAGAUUUCUUACAUCAACUGGAUUUAUUAUUUAAAAGGUGUAUAUGACUGAUAUAUAAAUAUAAA